CAGUGGCCAAGGGAGGUUGUACGCGCGCCGCUCCUCGGUGUCAGAUCAGUUAACAUUUUCAUUCCAACUUGAUUUUCUUGAUAAACUUAAUCAUCUUGAGCCUCCAAACCUCUUCGGGACCUCCAGCGGAUUACCUAAGCGAGUUCUGUAAGAUUCGUGGUUUAUUUGCAUUUUAUAUAGACCGUAUAUAUACAUUUUUAUUUUUUUUGUUUGUUACGUCUUCGUCACCUCAAUCGUCUUCGCUAAUUAGAAAGGAGGAACAACAUGGCAGCGUGACAGUUGGAGAGAAGUUCCUACCUUUCCUCCAUCCCUCUGAGCAGCGAUGGAGGGAAAUAAGGAAGGAGGAGGAGGAGGAGGAAGAGGAAGAGGAGGAGGAGGAUGGAUGAGAAGACGAAGGGGGAAGUGCAGGACAAGAAUUCGUGGUGUUGAAAAUCUCACCACCACCACCACCACCACCACCGAUCCUCACCACCACCUACCAUCCCCACCACUCAACACCAGUCAACACCACCUCACCACCACGCCCUCAGAACCUUAUAAAUGGGCGUGGAUAGAAACGUGUGGCGAGCGAGAGGAAAAUGAGAAGAUUGAGAAUUGGAGGAUAGGAAGAGGAGGAGGAGGAGGAAGAGGAGGCAGGUUCUUGUGGUAUCCUGCUAAUCUCCUCCUGACGGCCUCCUGCUGCGUCCUGCUGAGCCUGCUUUCUGCUGUUUCUGCCCAAGACUCUCGUUGUUACCUGAGUCAAGGCGGCUCCGUGGACAACUUCUUCGUGCGGGAGAGUCUGACCGUGGGGAGCCUCAUAGGUACGUUGAGGCUCGAGGGUGAUGCCAGUGAGGACGGGAACAUUUAUCUGAGACUGAAGGAGAAGGACACGUCGGUCAGCAUCUCUCCGAACUCCAAGAAUCUUACCCUGACGAGGAGGCUGGAUAAGGAGGGGAAGGAAGGCGAGUCUCAGGUCACCGUCAACGUCAUCUGUGAUCGACGCGGCACCACUGACCCCAGCAUCACCAUCCCCGUCAACAUCAGAGUUACCGACGACAACGACAACGCUCCCGUCUUCGUUAACAGCCCCUACUACGUCAAUGUGUCGGAGGUGACGGUUGUGGGCACAGUCAUCAUGGGGGACAUACUGGCCGAGGACGAGGACCAGCAGGGCCCCUUCUCCACUGUGCAGUACUCCAUCCAGCCCGGGCCCUACUCUGACAUGUUCCGCUUCGAGUCUCCCCUGAGCGGCAACCUGGUGCUGGAGAAGCCGCUGGACUACGAGUCUCGCCCGCUCUUCAACAUCACCAUCGUGGCGCAGGACCAGGCCGCCACGCCCCAGAGCAGCACCGCCGUCCUCACCGUGCAGGUCCAGGACGCUGACGACCAGAACCCCGCCUUCAUGCGAGACCACUACAUGGCCGUGCUGCCCGAGAACCCCACCAAGGGCACGCUGGUGGAUGUGCAGCCGGAGGGGGUGAAGGCGAUGGACAGGGACGAGGGCAUCAUGGCCCCCGUCUUCUAUUCCUUCAGUAGAGAAGAAGAGAUGUCUGUGUGGUUCAACAUCGACCCUGAGAGCGGGCAGGUCAGCAUGGCCAAGGACCUGCCCCCUGACAAGCUCUCCCAGCCUGUCACUCUGGUGGUCAGGGCCACGCAGGAGGACAACCCCGACCGGUACGCCCUCACCACUAUGAUGCUCUCCCGCCGCGGCUACUACUCCACGCAGCUACAGUUCAUUCAGAGGGACUACGUGGCCACCGUGCUCGAGAACCUCCCCGAGCACUCCGUCAUCGCACCAACCAUCAUCAACAAGAACAUUGACAAGGACAUAAAGUUCAGUCUGGAGAGGAACGGUGAGGGUGUGUUCCGCAUCUCACCCUCGGGACAGAUCCUACUUGAGCACGAGCUGGACUUUGAGAAGCAGCAGGAGUACAACCUUGAGGUCUACGUCACCGAUGGAAACUUUAACGACACGGCCAAGCUGAAGGUGAAGGUCCUCAACAUCAACGACUGGGACCCUCGCUUCCGCUUCCCGCAGUACGAGUUCUAUGUCAGCUCCACCUCCCUGCGGCCCGGCGAUGCAGUGGGCACAGUGGAGGUGGCUGACGGGGACCUCGGUGACGCUAUUACACUCAGCGUCAUGGGGCAGGAUGCACAAAUGUUCGCUAUAGACAACAACGGUGAGCUGCGAAUCCGUGACCUGACCUCGCUCAACUCCACAGAGGCGCACAUUAUGGUGAUGGCCAAGGACUCCGGUGUGCCGCCCAGGAUGGCCUCAGCUGCUGUGACCGUGACCUUCCCCCCCGGCAUGGUGAAGCUCUCCCCCCUCGGCACCAGCUCCAGCUUCCUCUUGGUGGUCAUCUUCGGCAGCCUGCUCCUCGUCUUCAUCCUCGUCGUCAUCUGCCUGGCCAUCUACAUCCACAAAAAUAAGAAAUAUCGCGAUGACAACAACGCCGCGCUGCCCACCAAGAUGAGCCAGAUCGUGACCAACGGCAACCUGGCCCACACCAAGCUGGACCCCCUCUCCCCCCUCAACCACCAGAUGCAGGGUAACGGGCAGCAGAUGACCCCCCUGGGCAGCCCCACGUCCCCGGCCGGCCUCACAGGGGUUGAGCUGCCCACCGGUGACAACAACAAUGUCAACAACUACAAUAAUGGGACAGCAAGGAGGAACACGAUUUCAGUGCAAUCCGGUCAAGGCUACUCACGGAACCCGCUGACCAACGGCACCCUCGCGGCACCCUCCUCCGCCUCCAGCAGCCGCCACAUGCCCCAGGGCAGCGAUGGGGGCUCCUUUAAUGGCACGGGCAGGUCCUCAUCCACCACAGCCUCCACAGCCUCCAUCAAGGGCUCGCCGGAGCACACACCACACUCGGCAAGGUCGUAUCGCAGCGAGGGCGUAAGGAGCCAGCUUGGGGGAAGAAGUGGCAGUGGCAGGAGCUUAGGGUCACUGCUGGCUGGUGGCGGAAGCGGUUCAUUCAAGAAUGGGUCGCCGGUGGGGUCUGCGAGGGCCUUAGGCGGACUCCCUUCUAGAAACAGGAUCAGCCCCGCCCCCAUGCCCCCCACCCCCACCAACACCCCCUACCCCGACCCCCCGUCCUCCCCCGAAAUCCACCACCCCGAGGCUCUGGGCAACGUGGGCGGUAAAGUCUCGUGGCCCAGUGGAUCCAUUCCUAAGCGGGUGAAGAAGUUGUCUUGGGAGGAUGAACUUAGCACGAAGACGGAGAUGGAUCCUGAAGUGAGUGUGACCCCCAUGCCGCACUCUGCCUCCUCGUCGCACACUCCCAAACUAACCGUGUACUUCUAAGGGCGUGCGUGUAGUGUGUGUGUGUGUGUCUGUAAUGAAGUGUACUUAUAUGUAAAAAGCCGUCACAAUCCGAUCCUUCACACGAUUCCGUCCAUUGCGUACCUUUUCUACCCCUUGUACAGGUUUUGAGAUUCUGGAAAUGCUAUCAAUGAUUCUACUUUUAUACUUCCCCAAUGAGAGUGGCCGAUAGGAGUUUAUAAUCGUCCCCAUUUUUAAAGAAAGUAAUGCGUCGCUAACCAUCAGUGUGUUAGGCAUGAUGGAUACCAGUAACAAUCUAUGGCAAUGUGUCUUGGUGGCGUUCCCUUCUGAGCAGUGUCGCCGUGAAGAAGUAAUGCAUUGCUCUAGGACCUUACCAGAGAUGAGGUCCGUUCUGGCUAUGAAAAUAAUGUCUCCCUCUGAAUAGCAUCUUAGCAGUAGUGAUAGGUCCUGUAUUUUGCAUAGGAUUGUGAAUGGGUGGGAUUGUAAUGUGUCCCUUGGUGAAUAGUGUUUUGAGUGCAGGAGUCUGGAAGGCGUGAAAGUAACAAUCCUUCCCGUCAGAGAACUCCUAAGCUAUGACUACUGCUUUCUUCCUCGCCACUCCUUCCAGCAAGUGAUAAGUCCUUUGAAGUGUAGGAGCUUGAAAGGGAAGGUUAUGCAUAGUCCUUCCCAUCACAGAACUCCUUACCUACAACUCCUGCCUUGUUCCGUCCACUCCUUCCAGCAAGUGACCGAUCCUUUGUUUGGAGUGCAGGAGUGUGAAAUGAAAGGAUACUCAUAGUCCUUCCCAUCACAGAACUCCUUUGCUACAACUCCUGCCCUGUUCCUUGCCACUCCUCCCUGCUUCUGCCUCACCAAGACCCACGAAAACCCAUCAGUCUGUGUACCGUAGGGUGUUACUGUGCGAUACCCAGUGUGAACAGUGCGCCAGUGAACUAUGAGAGAACUGCUGGAAAGGAAGAUGAAGUGGAAUGCCUGUAAGCUUGACGUGAAGUGAAGUGACAUUCUGAGGACAUACCAGUUGCUUUAUGCCUUCCCACCUUUUGUUCUACUGUGUAUAAGUGCGUAAGAGGACUUGAGGCACCUUGAUCUUGAGUCCUGCUACACAAACGAUGCCUUCCCACCUCUUAUAUUCUGUGUUUAAGUGCGUAAGAGGACUUGACGAAACCUUGAUCUUGAGUCCUGCCACACAAGCGAUGCCUUCCCACCUUCUGUUCUACUGUGUAUAAGUGCGUAAGAGAACUUGAGGCACUUUGAUCUUGAGUCCUGCCACACAAGCGAUGCCUUCCCACCUUCUGUUCUACUGUGUAUAAGUGCGUAAGAGAACUUGAGGAACCUUGAUCUUGAGUCCUGCUACACAAACGAUGCCUUCCCUCCUUCUAUUCU